AUGGACGAGUUCUGCGUUCGUCUUCUCUCCUACUUUGACCGCGGCAUGGACGGCAAGCCCGGCCGCUGGCCUCAUUCCCUCCCUUCCCCCGAGGACAUGGCGGGCGCCGGCUAUCGCUUCGAUGGCAACCAGAAAGUCGGAGGCGAUAUAGUCGUCUGCGAUUUCUGCACUAUGCAGGCUUGGGCGUGGGAGCGCAAGGACGACCCGUUUGCUCAGCACAUGGAGUCGAAGAGCUGCGACUACGUCGACAGCGAGAUGUUCAGGCAGCAUCAUGACAAGUUCCUUCAGAAGCAGGGCGAGACCAAGAAGAUGGACGACCCGAUGCUCACGCCUCCCACCACUCCGACCAAGAAGGCUUACAAGCCUCGCCGCAGGCUCCGCCUCUCGCCCAUCAUCACUCUGUUCGACAGCAUGCCUUCCCAGGAGGCGGACCCCAAAAUCAUCAGCGGCAACAACAAGCCUGUCGAAAUCGCGAUUUCCACCGGGGAGACCAAGAUUCUUAUCAAGAUCACUGACGACGGCGAGCGAGCCACCAAGAGAAUCCGUCUCGAGUGA